UCCCUCCCAAGGAAACAAGGAAACAAUCCUUCUCCAGUCUCUCCCCGUGAAUCCCUACCAGUCAGUUGUGACGCAGCUCGCGGAUUAAAGUGUGCGAUUCAGGUUCAUCUAUCAACUUUAACGUCAAGAUCCCUCCUCGUUGACAAAUAAUGUCGGGGCGUGGCAAGGGAGGCAAAGGCCUUGGAAAAGGUGGAGCUAAGCGACACUGCAAGGUCCUGCGCGACAACAUCCAAGGCAUCACCAAGCUUGCAAUUUGGCGCUUGGCCCGUGGAGGAGGUGUAAAGCGCAUCAACGGCCUCAUCUAUGAGGAGGCUCGUGGAGCGCUCAAAAUAUUCCUAGAGAAUGUGAUUAGAGACGUCGUUACCUACACAGAGCACGCUCGCCGCAAUAUCGUGACUGCUAUUGACGUGGUCUACGCGCUUAGGAGGCAGGGCAGGACUUUGUACGAGUUUGGUGGUUAGGGUUUGAGGUUCAAGUCUUUCUAUAAGAAUGAAAAAUUUAUAGGUUUUCGUGGUCGAUUUGGUAGUUAGAAUCUUGUUGCUUAGCUUCAUUGCAAAACUAAGUAUUGUGCCAUUAUAGAUAGCUCUGGAGUCGAUCUUGUAGUGCAUUGAGAUGGUUUAUUGGGUCUGUGAUAACGGUUUAAAAAUUAUGCAAAACAUUACCUUUUUCCUUUUUCGAAACUAUUUUGUGGAAGCACGGCUUUUUUCC